AAUGGAACUAUGACAGGUUUGCGUGAAAUCACUCGUGGAUACCUGACAUGACACAUAAGGAGACGAAGAUGCAGGGAACCGUCCUAUUUGGGGUCGGCCCUCACAAGGUUUUAAAGAACACUCGGACUAUAUUUGCCGCUGCAUUCCUUAUGAGAGUUGUCCUUUUGCUGUAUGGAGCCUACCAAGACCAGACGAUGUUGGUAAAAUAUACAGACAUCGAUUAUCACGUGUUUACAGAUGCUGCUCGAUACAUCACUCAGGGGUUUUCUCCGUACCAAAGAGCUACAUACCGUUACACUCCAUUACUGGCGUGGAUUCUCACACCAAACAUCUACCUCACUGAGCUUUUUGGCAAGCUGCUCUUUGUGUGCUGUGAUCUGAUAGCAGCCUACCUCAUCCGCUCCAUCCUAAUCCAAAGAGGGCUAGAAGCAUCCUCUUCCACCAUGUACUGCCUCUUCUGGCUCUUCAACCCACUGCCUAUGGCUGUGUCCACCCGGGGGAACGCGGAGUCCGUUUUAGCGGUGCUGGUCCUCUCCUCAUUAUACUAUGUGCAGGAACGCUGCCUUGUCAAAGCGGCUGUGAUCUACGGCCUCUCUGUGCAUAUGAAGAUUUAUCCAGUCACUUACCUACUCCCAAUGGUGUUGUCUCUACAAAAAAAGAACCAGGACGAGGGAAAGGCCAGAGACACAUCAAAGCUGAAAUACAUCAAACAUGCCUGGAAGAUGCUUCUUCGGCUGCUGAACUUUGAUCUUCUAAUUUUCGGCGGCGUCACUGUCCUGACUGUUAUAGCAUUGAGCCUGGCCUUUUAUAUCGGCUAUGGUUGGGAUUUUCUCGAGCACACCUACUUGUAUCAUUUGACCAGGAGAGAUAUCCGUCACAAUUUCUCGCCGUACUUCUACAUGCUCUACCUGACUGCCGAGAGCGACUGGAGCUUUAUCUUGGGGAUGGUUGCUUUCCUACCUCAGCUGCUGCUGCUAACAGUUGUGUCUUUUGCUUACUAUGAAGACCUGGCCUUCUGCUGCUUCCUCCACACUGCUAUUUUUGUAAGCUUCAACAAAGUGUGUACCUCACAGUAUUUUCUGUGGUACCUGUGUCUUUUGCCACUUGCCAUGCCUGGUCUAAAGAUGUCGUGGCGCCAGGGAAUAUUUCUUCUUGCCUUAUGGUUCUUUGGCCAGGCUAUGUGGCUUGCCCCUGCAUACUUUCUGGAAUUUGAGGGACGAAAUACAUUUCUACUAGUCUGGAUAGCUGGCUUACUGUUUCUAAUUAUUAAUAGUUGGAUUCUUGUUCAGAUUAUAAUGAAGUACCAUUUACAGGAGAAAACUGCACCAAAAUUAAAGCUCCACUAGAUGUUCCAGGGCACUCAGACAACCUCUCGACGAAACACCGAGUUAUAUGGCUUGCCAGUGACUAAUGUAAAAAAAAAUAUUUUGUAUAAAUAAAUUUGUUUUAUGGGUUCUGUUACAUAUAUUUGUAAAUUCCCUCACUGUAUUAACUUCUACCAUUAUAUGCACUUAUCUACAACCCUCUCAAAGAACUAAAACUUCUGUACGUAUAAGGCGGUUACAUCUUUUCAAACAUUCUCCUCUACUUCCAUCUUAGACUUUGCUGAAUGCUUGUAUGUAUUUAAAUGUUUCACAUCCCCUCUUUUCUCUUUGUUGUACAUUUUAACAGCCCUUCUGUAAACACUCUCCUUAUCUGUAUCCUUCAGGAGAUGGAGUCUCAAUAUUAAAAUAGUAAAGUCUGAGCAGAAAUCUGUAAAGUGAUGUAACAUCGCUGUUACUCACCUAGAAUACUGAGCUUACAACAUGUGCAGGCAGGGAAAGACAAUUAUAAUAAAAUACAGCUACCAGUA